GGGAAAAAGAGGAGAGAGAAAACACCAAAAACUAUUCUGAGCCAAAUUGCGGUGUUAUACUACUUCUUCAACCUCUCGUCAAAAAACAUCCCAAAAAAAUAACCAAAACCAAAACCUCUCAUUUCUUCGUCAUUCUAAUUUCUUCCUUCGUAUAUUUCUCCUUGUUUUUAUCCUAAUUUUCCAUUAUCAUAAUCUUCUUCUUCUUAUUUUCUCUCUCCUAAAUUAUAUCCUUUACCUAAACACUCUGCAACUUUUCAUCAUAAUCAUCAUCCUCAAAAAUUUUCAUUUCUGAUGUAAAAUUACUUGAUUAGUUCAAUUUUUCCGUUGAUUUUUUCGUUUCUGUAAAAUCGAUAUUGGGGAGAGAAACAAAAUUGGAGAAAAUUCGAGGAAUUUUGAAGGAGAAAAUCUUGAGGGAACGAAGAACAAUAAUGGGGGCAGCUGGUUCCAAAUUGGAGAAAGCCCUCGGUGAUCAUUUUCCUGAAGGAGAGAGAUACUUUGGUCUUGAGAAUUUCGGCAAUACUUGUUACUGUAACAGCGUUUUGCAGGCUCUCUAUUUCUGUGUCCCAUUUCGUGAGAAAUUACUAGAGUACUAUGAGAAGAACAAAAAUCCUGCUGAUCCGGAGGAAAACUUGCUCACAUGUUUGGCUGAUCUAUUCACACAGAUAAGUUCCGCAAAGAAAAAAACAGGUGUAAUUGCUCCCAAACGCUUUGUACAGAGAGUGAGGAAAGAAAAUGAGCUUUUCCGUGGUUACAUGCAUCAGGAUGCUCAUGAAUUUCUGAACUUCUUGUUGAAUGAACUUGUUGACAUACUGGAGAAAGAAUCUUCUGCUGCAAAAGACAAAUCAGAAAAUUCAUCUUCUGAAAAGGUUGCAAAUGGACCAAGAAACGGCCUAGCCAAUGGUGUACUGAAGGAACCUCUAGUUACUUGGGUUCAUAAAAAUUUCCAGGGAAUAUUGACAAAUGAAACAAAGUGCCUGAGGUGUGAGACCGUUACAGCAAGAGACGAGACAUUUUUUGAUUUAAGCCUUGAUAUUGAACAGAAUAGCUCCAUUACUAGUUGCCUUAAGAACUUCAGCUCCACUGAAACACUAAAUGCCGAGGAUAAAUUCUUUUGUGACAAAUGCUGUAGUUUGCAAGAAGCUCAGAAGAGAAUGAAGAUUAAAAAGCCACCUCACAUCCUUGUUAUUCACCUAAAACGCUUCAAAUACAUUGAGAAUCUUGGCCGGUACAAGAAGUUGUCUUAUCGAGUAGUGUUCCCGUUGGAGCUAAAAUUAACCAAUACAAUGGAGGAUGCAGACUCUGAGUACUCCUUAUUUGCUGUUGUUGUACACGUCGGUACUGGACCAAAUCAUGGUCACUACGUCAGCCUUGUGAAAAGCCACAAUCACUGGUUGUUUUUCGACGAUGAGAAUGUCGAUAUAAUAGAUGAGUCUGCCGUCCAGACCUUCUUUGGAUCGGCUCAGGAGUAUUCUAGCAACUCAGAGCACGGUUAUAUCUUGUUCUAUGAAAGGCUUACAAGUGACACAAGUUGACCGAAAUUUUGAUCUUCUCUACUCCUGUGAUCUGUCUGUGUGUAUUGUGUGACUUGAGCUCAAAAACCUCAGAAUGUUGUACAGAGGAUGCAGUAAUUGGUUUUUUACCCCUUUUACGUUCUCUUUGGUUUUCCAAUGGGGAUGACAAUAAAUCUAACUGUAAAUGACAGUGGAGAAAGAUGUACACUAACUUAUGGGCUGCUAGUUAUUGCAAGUCGGGUUAUAUACUCUUCAGCACGUCAUCUUUGGACUUCCCUUUGCCCAUUGAUCGGUUGGGCUAUCUUUUUUUCAUUAGCUCAUAAUUUCAGAUCCUGUAUUUUGCUAAAAGCUGCAAGUGGUUUAGUAGUUUUGUUUCAUUGCUAGAGUCUUUGUAGAGAAACUGCAAUCAAUCCUGUGAUGCAUUUCCUUUCUUUAACGCCUUACCAGGAUGUUGACGAUUUAACAGUGGGUUUCAAACUUGAGUUUGGGGAGGAUGUUGAUGAUUGGGUUAGUUUUAAAAAGUUCAA